AUGAGUCGGUUAUUCUCCUUCGACCGAGAAGAAAAGGGCUUCCCUCCAGAGGCGCAGAACUCUAUACAUCCACCACCUACGCAGCCGUACACCGGUGUUGGCAUAACUCAAUUUGAACCACCACAACAGCCUCCACCAUCGCUACCGCUAGACGAGAGAGAACGAAUAAGUCAAAUAUACAAUCUUCAUCAUACGCAUAACCUAAUUCCCCCAGAUAACAAACUCCUCGUCUUUCGAUCUCUGACCGGCAUUGACUCCGUUCCUGUACUUUCCAGCCAUGGAUUCUUCUCUCCUAGAAAUGCCCCGAACGUGGGCAUCUAUACACGAGUUGUGAAUGCAGAGCAGGCCGCGGCAUUCCGCUACCGCGUAUUCAACAUCUUGAUUAACACAAGCUUGGGCAUUCAGAUCGUGGUUGCUGCUGCACUGACGGCCAUCGGUGCCGCAAACGGUCCACAUGGUGCUGUAACAGCAUUUGGAGCUAUCAACACCAUCAUGGCAGGUAUCUUGACCUACCUACGAGGCUCCGGACUUCCGCACAAAGAGAGGAAUAUAGAAAAGGCCUGGGGUCAGAUACGCGAGUACAUUGAACAGCGAGAACGAGAAUUUUGUCUAGAAAAUUGCAUGUUGAAUGUUGAGGAUGAAAUUCAUAACAUUGAGAGGAUGUAUGAAGAAGUCCGAACUCAGAUGGAGGCUGGAGCUUCGGACAGUGGAGGGAAAAGGGGUGGUUUGGAAAAUCUUUCAAGUCUUCGGCCAAGGGGAAGUUUGCUUGCUGAUGCCAAGGGUGCAGCUCAGACGGGCUUUGAUGCUGUGCGAGGUGCAAUUUCUGGACACCGCGAUCAAACGGAACAUCACAUGCGUGAUGAACUGCGAAAUCUGGGACAGCGUUUUCAAGGGACCCGUGACGAGACGGAACAUCAUUUUCGAGAUCAGCUUCAAAACUUGGGGCAACGUCUGUCAGGUGCACGGGACCAGGUCCGAGACACUAGCGCUCACCUCAGAGGUACUGCGGAUGAUAUUCGACAUACCGGGGAAGAUUUGCGCGAGACUGGCGAGCAAGUACGACAAGCAGGAGAGAAUCUUCGAGAUGCGGAUGUGCACUUGUCUGUCCAUACACCUUCUGUAUCAUUGUCGAGACAUGGGCAUGGCGACGCACACGACAAUACAAUCACGGCAACCCUGGAGCUCACCUUCGAGACCGUUCGCGAUACUCUGCAAAUCUACCAUCAGUCGGACUAG